AUGAAAAAGGAACUUUUAUUUCUCUUAACCAUCGUUUUCUGGAUUUACCGAAUAUCAACAGAUAGCGAAUUUUCAGUCCAGACAACUUGCACACCACCACACAACUGGCGUGAUGAAAUUCAAAUCAACUGUGCAGUAUGUGGCUUCAGUGACAAUGAUUUUUUGCAUUUCGAAGUAGAAUGGCAUCUUCAAAAAAAUCUUAGUAUUACAAGUCCAGCUAAAAGUACACCUGGUAAUCCAGAAGGAAACAACACAAAGUACUGGUGGGAAUUUAUUACGUUAACAUCUGAUGGAGACUACGAAGGAAACAAGACAGUCUUUAAAUUAGUUGACAAAAAUCCUACUUCCUUGUCACUCGGCAUUUACACUUGUUAUGUAACUCUAAACAAAAACAUGACUAAACAUAGCAGCGUCGAUCUUUCAUCUGGAGAGGAAGACACAUCAUCAAAUUAUAUUCUGAUUAACGUCACAAAUGUUCCAGUGGGAGAAAUCACAGAAAAUUGCAGAAAAUAUGGAUAUAAUGUAUUAAUGAAUGAGUCUGUGGCAAAAUCUGUACGACUGCGUGAAAAAGAAAGUGUGUAUUUCCCUGUUUGUCCCAGUAUUCAAAUAAAUAACAAAAGUAUCGCUGUUUGCAAACCAUGGAUUUCUAGAAUAGGAUGCUACAAUAUCACAGUGGAUAUGAUAGCUAAUUCUACGGAGAUGGAUUGUAGGAACAUCAACAUAACGAAUUGGAAUAAAUCGCUUCCACUCAUAGGAAACACGACCCAUGGCUCUUGUUACCUACUGGAUGGAAAACUGAAAGACGUCAACCCAAAGGUUUCAGACGCUUACUGCACAGAAGCAGGUUCUGACAAUUCUUAUCACGACAAAACAACAAUGUUUCUAACUCUCUUUUCCAUCGUUGACAAUCCAAUCCAGUUAACAGAAGAAACAAAAUCGGAAUGUGUGGCUACUCACAAAGACUUUGCUACUUCUGAACUCUAUGAAAAGGCUUGUGAUGAACGCUGUGAUGCAUUUUGUACUCAGUACAACGAGCCCAGUGUUAGUUCUCAAGGUUUCUUAGAUUGGGAGGAUGCCUUGGAAAUAUGCCGCAGCCAAAAUAGUUCUCUUCCCAAUGAAAACUUUCAAUUCUCUGACCCAACGCAAUUCAGUAAUGGGAGUGCAGUGUGUCUUUAUGUUUUUAAAAGUUCUUCUGUCUUAUUUGAACCUGUCAUCAAGCUUGCAAGGAACAAAAAUGGAACUAUAAUCAUAAACACUCCUACUAAUUAUUCAGAAAAACUGCCAUUUUUAUGUGGGAUGAAAAUAGAUGACUAA